CUCUUUUUGGCAGCCGCUGGACGUCCGGUGUUCAUGGUGGCAGCAGCCGCAGCCUAAGCAGCAGCAGCCCCGGCGCACGCCAGCUCGCCCGCCCGCUCUCGCGGCUCCUGCCCUCUCCAGCUCUCUCCAUCCCGUCUCCCGAAAGGUGCUGGGCGGAUCCCGGGCGGCGGAGGCCGAGCGGCUGCAGCGGCGGUACCGGCGGAGGCAGCGGUAGCGGCGGCGGGAGGCAGGAUGAGCGCACGCGGUGAGGGCACCGGGCAGCCGUCUACAUCAGCCCAGGGACAACCUGCCACCCCGGCGCCACCGAAGCGAGGACGCGGCCGACCCAGGAAGCAGCAGCAAGAGCCAACCUGUGAGCCCUCUCCUAAGAGACCCAGAGGAAGACCCAAGGGCAGUAAAAACAAGAGCCCCUCUAAAGCAGCUCAGAAGAAAGCAGAAACCAUUGGAGAAAAACGGCCAAGAGGCAGACCUAGGAAAUGGCCACAACAAGUUGUUCAGAAGCCUGCUCAGGAGACUGAAGAGACAUCCUCGCAAGAGUCGGCAGAGGAAGAUUAAAGGGCGCUGACAUUCAAUUUCUACCUCAGCAUCAGUUGGAUCUUUCGAAGGGAGAAGACACUGCAGUGACCACUUAUUCUUUACUGCCGCGGUCUUUCCACUUUCUGCGGGGUGGGGCGGGGCGGGGCUGGGUGAGGGGUGGGGGCCGGGUGGGAGAAACCACAUAACCUUGAGAAGGACUAUAUUAAUCACUUUGUAAUCCCUUCACAGUCCCAGGUUUAGUGAAAAACUGCUGUAAACACGGGGGACACAGUUUAACAAUGCAACUUUUAAUGACUGUUUUCUUCUCCCAUAACUUACUAAUAGUUUGUGGAUCUGAUAAGCAAGGGCAUGUGGUUGAAGAAAAGCCCUGUGGUGGGCUUACUCAGUCACCACAUGCAAACCCUAAACCGGCACCCUGGUGACCGGGGGCAUUCGUAUAAGAAAAGCAUUGUAUGUGACUCUGUGCCCACUCAGAUGCCACCCCCACCAUGAUCAUAGAAAAAUCUUCCGCUUAGGACACCAAAGAUGAGGACUAGACACUACUCUCCUUUGUGUAUGAUCUUGUAGACACUUAAUUGAUUUUUUUUUUCGGGUUUUUUUUUUUUUCACUUUUUAAUUCUAAAUGAGACAAAAUACUGGUGUAUCUUUUCAUACAGCUAGCAAACCAGAAUAGGUUAUGCUCUUUUUUUUUUUUUUUUUUUUUUUUAAAAAGGGAAGUAUACAGAUAAUAAAUGUUGACUCCUACGUUUCUGGACUCACACACAGCAGCAGGAGUGAUAAGCCCACAAGCUCUCUUUCCCUCCAUGGGAGAUCUACACAGCCGAAAGCCACUUAGCAAUAAAUGACACUUGUCAGCCUCGAAGCAUCCAAGAUAACUAGACAAGUAGAAUGACCCUUUUUUUGGAAUUUAAUGAAAAGGCACAGUACCUGAUGAACUCACCCAAGUGAUGACGUGGGAGGAGUGAAAUAGAAUUUCUUUUGCUAUAUAAAGGACCGUAUUUUUAAAAAGAAAAGAAAAAAGAAAAAAAAGCUCCCGCUCUCUGUCGCUCGCUCUCUCUACCCCCUUCCCCAUCUCCCUCACCUCUCUCUCCUCUCUAUAUUCUCUGUUCUUCAUUGUGUACCAGUGUCCGUGAAAGACCGCAGUACCACUUACCUCAGAUGAAGCCUGUGUGUUACUUCCAGUAACACUUUUCGUUUUUUUUUUUUUUUUGACAUAAGAUGGCUGGCCGAGGUGCAUUAUCUUGGUUCGGUCUGCCAUCUCUGCAUUCACGCUGCACUUUUAGCCAGAGAUGCAAUAAUCCCCACUACUCAAUACUACCUCUGAAUGCUACAGUGAAUUUACAGUCCUGCACUCGUUACACGCUGCUAGACACAAGCCCUGCAA